UUUAUGCAGUUUGGCAACUCUCCACUAUGACAACCGAUUGUUUAUUUCUGAAGUUUACAAUUGAAUGUUGUAAAACUACGUAAUUUAUGUUUACCGUGGGAUAAAUCUGCCUUGCGAAAAUGAAUUUAGAUUUACUUGAAUCGUUUGGCCAAAACUACCCUGAGGAAUUUGAUGGAGCUCUUGAUUGUAUUUCAAUGGCUGUCACCUGCACUUUUAAUAAGCGAGGAACUCUUCUAGCAGUGGGCUGCAAUGAUGGAAGGAUUGUAGUCUGGGAUUUUCUUACCAGAGGAAUAGCAAAGAUUAUUAGUGCUCAUGUACAUCCUGUCUGCUCACUGUGCUGGUCCAGAAGCGGACACACCAUUUUAAGUGCAUCAACAGACAACACUGUAGCUAUAUGGGAUGUUCUUACUGGAGAAUGUAAUCAACGAUACAGAUUCCCAUCUCCAAUCAUCAAAGUUCAAUUUCACCCUAGAAAAGCAGACACAUUUCUAGUUUGUCCGAUGAGACAUGCAGCUGUACUUGUUGAGCUAGAAGGAAAUCACAAACUACUACCUUUGGAUGAAGAUGAGAGUGACCUCAAUAUCACAGCUUCAUUUGACAGAAGAGGACAGUACAUAUACACUGGCAAUGGCAGAGGUCGAAUUAUUGUUUUGGACGCUAUCUCACUUGAGGUAAAAGCCUCUUUUCGCAUCACCCAAGGAACAACCAGCACGACAGCGGUUCGAAGUAUUGAUUUUGCGCGGCGUGGAGAUCAUUUUCUUGUGAAUAGCGCUGAUCGAAUCAUUCGAGUCUAUGAUGCCAAAGAGAUUCUUGCAUGUGGGAAAGAUGGAGAUCCGGAACCUAUGCAGAGAUUGCAGGAUCUUGUGAAUAAAACUACGUGGAAAAAAUGCUGUUUUUCAGGAGAUGGAGAAUAUAUAUGUGCCGGUUCAGCCAGACAGCACGCCCUUUAUGUAUGGGAACGAAGCAUAGGAAACUUAGUUAAAAUUUUGCAUGGAACAAAAGGAGAACUGCUUUUAGAUGUUGUUUGGCACCCAGUGAGACCUAUAAUAGCUUCGGUAUCCAGCGGAGUGGUAUCAAUUUGGGCACAGAAUCAAGUUGAAAACUGGUCCGCGUUUGCUCCGGAUUUCAAAGAACUCGAUGAAAAUGUUGAAUAUGAAGAAAGAGAAUCCGAAUUCGACCUCGGUGAUGAAGACAAAUCAGUUACACAGAACGAAAGAGAAGUUGAAGAUGAUUUAGAGGUUGAUGUAACAACUGUUCAACCGAUAUCUGCUUAUUACUCCUCUGACGAAGAAAAAGACGACGAGGAUAUCCUGCUCUAUUUGCCAAUCGCUCCUGAAGUAGAAGAACCAGAAGAUGGCUGGAAUCCAGCCGCUGAAUUAGAGGAUGGCACCACUUCUGGAACAAAGAGGAGUAGCCAUCAGGAUCAGAAAGAAAAUAGUUCCCCUAAGAAAAAACGAACAAAAAGCUACGAAAUUUCUCUAGCUAAUGCUCCAACAGAUGAAAUUCAUCCACUAGUGAGCAGCAAAAAAGACAAACCAGCUGUAGCUGGAGGGAAGAAAGUUACCGGACCCGGACGACCUCGAAACAGUGACAGUGGAAAAAGAUUUGAGCGUAGCCGAUCAGGAAAAUAGUAUCGCUUUUAGUUAGUUUUCUUUUAGAAUAUCCUGAGCUUCGUUAUGUUUCUUCAAAUUUCCUCAAGCCAUUUGCAUUAUUUUCGUAUUCAACUUACUUUCUAAAGUUCAAUUUUUUUGAACUUUUUUGAAGUUAUUACAACACAUGAAUUUAAA